GUGACGUGGCCUUAUAUUUAUUGGGUAAAUAGCUUCAGCAAACACUUAAACUAAAGAAAAUAUAAUCCAGAAAAAAAAAGAAAGAAAAAAAAGCUUCUCCUCCUCCUCCGGUUUAUCUUGUCGAAUUCGGGAGCCUUUCUCUCUUAUCUCCUCUCCUCCGGUAGAAAGAACCAUGGCGUCGACCACUGAUUUCACCAAAUCUUUGCUUUCUCCUUUCUCCCAUGGAAAUGCGAGUUUGAACUCGCAGAGAGGUUGUAGACUAACAUGGCCAAAUCAACACAAGCCUAGAAUUUGCAGAAGGUCUCUUCGUGUGAAUGGAUUAUUCGGAGGUGGAAAGAAAGAUAAUACCGAAGAUGGACAAUCUAAGGCAGGAAUCUUUGGUAAUAUGCAGAAUAUGUAUGAGACCGUGAAGAAAGCUCAAAUGGUUGUUCAAGUGGAGGCUGUACGUGUUCAAAAAGAGUUAGCUGCCGCAGAGUUUGAUGGUUAUUGUGAAGGCGAGCUUGUCAAGGUUACAUUAUCAGGGAACCAGCAACCAAUCCGUACUGAUAUUACUGAAGCAGCAAUGGAAUUAGGUUCCGAAAAACUUUCACAGCUGGUCACAGAAGCGUACAAGGACGCACACGCAAAGAGUGUAGUGGCUAUGAAAGAAAGAAUGAGCGACCUUGCGCAGAGCUUAGGGAUGCCACCUGGCCUCAGUGAAGGACUGAAGUAAGAAACUGUUUUUUUUUUUUUUUUUUUUUUUGUCUCAUUCAACUUUCAUGUAUGAGAGAGGUCGGCUUUUUCUUUUUUCUUUUUGUAUCAGUCAGGCAAAAGCAUAAAGCUUUGUACCCUACUCUUAUGGAAUCAGAUAUAAAAGAUUUAAAACUUUGUCUCUCUGCGAUAUUAUAUCAACACAAUCCUUCUUGUAGCAACAACAUAUAUGUAAUAUUACUGGCUCUGCACAUAAGUGUAUGUGUGUGAUGAAAACUCCUGGUUCUCACAGUAAGAUUUAAAUGAGUAGAUGCUGUAAGAACUUGGUUUC